AUGGGAACUCCUGAUAAUGAUCUUGAAACACUUGAAUGUCAGGAAGCCUUUGAUAAAUUAAAAGGCAAUUUGAGCCUUUACAGUAGUCCAGGCACUGCUGGACUGCCCAAAGAUACUGCCCUCCUCAGCAGUCCAGAAAGAUAUAUGGCUCCGCCGCCCCCGCCCCCUCAUUUCCAAGAUGCGGGCGCUAGAAGGCUGUACUCACUGUCUAGUCAUCUAGCCUCGUUAAUCUGGGAAUCUCUGACCGCAAAAGAAAAAAAAAAGGGGGGGGGUGGGUGGGUGGGGGGAUCCCGAAGUAGCAGAGCGAGGGAGGAGGUGGAGAAAGGCGGGGAGGAGGAGCCCAGAGAACCAGAGUCAGAGGGACUGGUGGCUCCAGCGAGUGUGCAGCCCCGGGGGGAGCCGGCGCUCCAGGCUGGGAACCGGUCAGCCCGCCCACCCGCCCGCGUCUUCGGCGCCCGCCAGCUCGCCGGCCCGCGCACCGGGGCCUUCUGCACUGGCCUUCUGCUGGGGCCGCCGCUCAGGGGCGCUCGGGCCAGGAACGCCGCUCGGGGCGAACCAGCCGUGCCGCCAGGCUGGUCCCCGGCGCCCGCGCCCGGGAUGCCUUUCUACAGGCGCACGGUGGUGCCCCAACGCCUGUGCCCGCGCAACCCGCCACAGCCGCUGACCGAGCUCCGCGACGUGAGCCACCUGGCUGCGCUCAGCCUGCUCCGGCAGCUCGCCGACCUCUGUGGCCACUCGCUGGCUCUGCUCGAGGACCUCGAGGGGCACCUGCUGGCCCUGGGGCGCCGCACCGACAGCCUGUUCCGCCGCACCGUGCGCCUCCGCCGCCGCCUUCCCUGCCGUCUGCUCGGCCCGGAGGACGACGAUGAAGAGCUAGGUGCCUCCCAUUGGUCAAACCUAACCAGAAGCCAGAGGGCGAGGGAACCUGUCGAUGCAGCCUGCACAGGUCAGCCGAUCAGGGCACAAAGCUUGGCAGAGAAGGGUGGACAAGAUCUGGAAGGGCAAGUGGAAAAUGUCCAGAACCUCUAUAUAGCUCUGUAGCUGGCUCCCUCACUUCUUUCAGAUCUCCACUGAAAU